AUGAUUGUAACGGCGGAGUUGGUGUACGUUUGCGUUCUGUGUGUGGCCGGGCUGGUAACUGUAACGGGAAAUGGCGUUCUUGUAUACCUCAUGUGCUCUAAGCGAAGCCUUAGGAACGCUAGCAACUUCUAUAUGGCGUCCAUGUCUAUCGCCGACACUGGCGUCGGCCUGUUUGUCCCCGCCGCCAUUGUUGUAACCAUCAUGGACAUACCGCUACCAGUCGGCUGGGGUUAUUUCUCCCCAUAUUUCGAACUCGCCACUCUGUCAGCCGGCAUUUUCUCGUUCCUUCUUAUCUCCUACGAUCGGCAUCUUGCUGUAUCUAAGGCGUUGACGUACCAUGCGACAAAACGGUCGGCGUUGACGUCAUUGGCGGCGGUGUGGGUUUCAGCAUUUAUCUACAGUUUACGCAUAUUUAUACAGUACGAAGUCGCCAAAAUAUUAAAACGGGAUUUGCCUCCGUUGGACGGAGACGACGAUAACAUAACAGAAACUUCAAACGACGACGACGAAGUCGAAGGUGGAUUUUGCAAUGUAUUAGUGGAGGAAGAUUAUAAUGAUUUAAUCUUCAGAUGUGUCGAUUUUGUCAUUCUUUUCAUUAUUCCUAUAGUCUGUAUGAGUUAUUGGUAUAAAGGAAUAAUAAGUAACCUAUGGGCUGGGAACAUUACAACUACGUCUCACGUGCGGAGGAAGAGGAGAGUAAUCAAACUCCUCAUCAUCAAUGUGGUGGUAUUUUUCGUCUGUUGGAUACCUUUUUAUUUGUCCGAUAUCAUCAGUGACACGCACGUGCUGGUGAUGAGGCUAAAAGACCCCGAGUAUGACGAGGAGGCUAGUUCAAAGGAGAUCCGACUCUGUCUCAUCUUCAUUGCAAUAUCUCAUAGUUAUUUAAACCCGAUCAUCUUUUUAUCUUUCCAUGCUGAUUUUAAAGCCGAAUUGACGUCGACCGUCAUCUGUAAAUGCGCCUGGGCCAGGCGCACGCGCACUGUCGAACCGACGGAUCAGACAUUGCGCACUGCGGACCAGGCAGAUGAGGGCCUACGCACUAUAAGCUGA